AUGCCGUGGGCACACAACUUUCCAAAUAAACAUGAGAAAGAAGAAGUAUAUCUAGAUGAACAGUUAACUGAAAGAAGCAACAGGAGUUUGAGGGUCGAGAGGGGUCAGACAAGGCGCACGCUUACAAGAGGCAGCACGCGACUGUGCGACGGGUUAAGCUAUAACGGCCACAUUUAUAGACAAGUUUUCCGAGGGAAAACCCGUGCCGUUUCUGUGUCUGGUGCCGUUUCGGUAUUAUUUGACUGUGCUUUUGGGGUAAAGUGUUCGAGCCUAAUUCUGAAACUUUCAUUCUGGGGCAGGUCCCCAGAAUGGUUGAAAUACGUGCAGAGUUCAACGAAAUCGAAGAUGCGAUUCUUAAAUAGGCAUUGUGCCACCCGUCAGCUUCACAAUAUGACAGCUGCGCAAGCAACUUUCCUUUUUUGCACUCUAUUGCAGGCCAUUUUUACAGAAGGUCAAAUACCCGAUUCCGAGCCGGAGUUCUUAGCUCCCCUGGAGAAUCACACAGUCACCCAGGGACGAGAUGUCUAUUUCACAUGCGUUGUUAAUCACUUAGGCGCUUACAAGGUUGCCUGGAUAAAGUCUGAUACAAAAGCUAUUUUGGCAAUACACAUUCACAUGGUGGCUCAGAAUCCUCGUCUUUCUGUAACACACAAUGGACACAACACGUGGAAACUACACGUAUCUAAUGUACAAAAGAACGACUCCGGCACGUAUAUGUGUCAGAUAAACACAGACCCUAUGCGAAGUCAGAUGGGUAACUUAGAAGUAGUGAUAUCACCAGAUAUAUUAUCAGACAACGAACCUAAUGACGUUACUGAAACCGUUGAAGGGGGCACAAUCCGCCUGAAAUGUAAAGCCACGGGAGUACCGGAGCCUACUGUCGCUUGGAGAAGAGAGGAUGGGAGUAAUAUAAUCUUAAGGCAUGAAGGAAGGGAUAAACAAGUACUGCGAGUCUUCGAUGGAGAAUCAUUGACGUUAAUGAAUGUUCAACGUACUGAUAUGGGUGCCUAUUUAUGCAUAGCCAGUAACGGAGUGCCCCCAUCUGUGAGCAAACGAUUCAACAUCAUUGUACAUUUUCAUCCCUUAAUUAGAGUUUCAAAUCAGCUAGUGGCUGCCCCAAUAACCAGUGAUGUCCACGUACAGUGCUACGUAGAAGCAUCUCCGAAAGCCAUGAACCACUGGAUGCGAGACAACGGUGAAAAACUGAUUCCUAGCUACAAAUAUAUCAUGGAAGAAUCGAUUAUCAACGAAUAUUCAUUACAAAUGAAUUUAACAAUUCUCAACUUGGAUAAAACUGAUUUUGGAGGAUACGUUUGUACAUCUUCCAAUGCUUUAGGAAAGUCUGAAGGUCUAGUAAGAUUACAAGAGAGAGUAGUAAAAUCUACAAGUACAGCGAGUACCCCAAAAUAUAUAGAAACUAAACCUCGAAAACCAAGUUUCAAAGACAAAUCGAAAAAAUUGAAACCUUUACGAAAAAAAGAGAACAAUGACAAUAAAAACGAAGAGGAACAAUUAGUUUCAACUCAUUUACUACCUGAAUUUCCUACAUCUAUUCCUACAGUUAGCACACUUAUCACAACUAGUCACCGAUCUUGGAUAAACGUAAGAGAUAACAACAGAUGCGCCACUACGUCAUUGAAUAGAAAUUGUUAUUGGUUGGUAGCUUUUACUUUGUUAAGAAUUUGUUUUUAUGAUUAAACUAUUCUUAUGAACGAAUUGACAUAUUUUAAAAACAACAAAAUGGGAUACAGUAAAUAUUUUUUAAUCAAAUAGGAUUUACGAUUUUUAAGCUGGGGGUGAAUGUCUCAGCUUCAGAAAAAUAUAUUACAUUGUAUAAUCUAGAAUUUGAUAAAUUUAUUCACUCCACUGAUAUAAAGUUAUUCAAUUAGUUGAGUUACAAAUGAAAGACACUGUGAAGAUAUUUUAAAAGAAGUACCAAAUUUUACAUUUUUAAUAAAGUGAUUGUAGAGGAAACUACAUAAAAUUUGUUCUGUUUGGAAUCUGUUUUUUUUUUCAAUUUAUCACCUCUAAAAAUAAUUGAAAAUGUGUAUUUUUCAUGUACUGAAAUUUUCAAUGAUGAUAUGUGUUGCAUUCACCCCUGAGAAAAUGAUAGUUUCAUUACCAUUUUUUCUAGAAUUCGUCUUCCUUGUAUUUGUAUAAACUCUCGUCUGAGUUCCAUAUCAACGUGUCUUCCCAUUUUGAAAAGUAUUUUUUUACUCUGCCUAUGCCGAGACUUCAGCAUUAGGUAAUUUUAUAAAUGUUAAAAAUAAAUUGUAAGAUCAGUUUAGAGUAUAGAGAAAUACUGAGGCCUCUGUAUAGUUUAAUAUCGAUGAAUUUCACACAUUUCAAGAUGCAAUCAACAGGGUCUUUCAACAUUUAGAUUUUUCUUGUAAGAAAUCAACACACUUCUACAAAAAAAAUCAAUAUGUAUAGAAAAAAUACGUGGAAAGUGCCAAACUAUCUUUAAUUUAUUUGUAAAAUAUUUAAAAGCCUGUGAAUUGCAAAAUAAAAACAUGGUUGAAUAAUUAAACAAAUUAUAAAGUUUUUACUAAGGUGGAAAUUCAGGAACCGUUGUAGUAAAAACGGCUAGGAACUUCAAUUUAAAUUGCUCCUGCGAUAUUGUUUUUUUUAAAUUGUAGGGCGUAACGUGCACAUCACUUAUGAAGAAUCACACCCUAAAGGGGGUGUGACCCCCCCAAAAUACGCGUCAAACUUAUUUUUUUAGGUAAUUUCAGAAUAUCUCAGAAAUCAUUUUCUUAUCAAAAAAAACAGAAAGGGCACAAAA